UCGAGCUGCGUCCGACCGGCCUGCCUGCCUGCCUCCACCGCAUAUAUAUCUCUCGGCAGGGAUGGAGCAGGGUUGCCGUACGGCGCUCGCAGCUCGCCAGGCGCCCGUCGAGUCCCUCUGAGCCGGAGCCGCCUUUGCGCGCCUGCCUAGCCGUCUGCCCCCCGACGACGCGCCCGUGCCCUCCAUGCGCGCCACGCUCGCCCUCCUCCGGCUGCUGCUCUGGAGCUUAGUGUGCCAGCAUGCCGCUGGAUCAGGGCUAAAUGUGACGGAACAAGAGCAAAACAUGCCCGUCCUGAGGACGCUUAAUACACCUGCAACUGGGGUGUUUUCCUCGGGAGUUGACUACGAAGAGACUGAAGAGGAAGAGGUGGCGAUGGCACCUCAAUUCCUUGUAGGUGAUUCAGCUACAGUUCCAUUUGAACUUAAAAAGCCAGCAAAAUCAGAGAGCGGGAAAAAGAAGCCAAAAAGAAAGGGAAACAACAAGGGGAAGAAAAACAAGAAGAAAACACCAUGUGAAGCAGAGUUUAAAAACUUCUGUGUACACGGGGACUGCAAAUAUUAUGAACAUCUUCGAAAAGCCACAUGCAAGUGCCACUCGGAUUACUUUGGCGAACGUUGCGUCGAGCAGUUUUUGAAGACACACAGUACCGAUGGCAACGAAAGUUUCACAUCCACAAUACUUGCGUCGACGGCUGGUUUGCUCACCUUCGCUGCCAUUGUGAUCGUUGUAACAUUGCUGGUAAGGAAAAAGUGUUCUGUGUGCGAUGAAAAGGAAGAAAGGAGAAGGCUCCGGCAAGAAAACGGAAGUUCCAGCAAUGAUGUUUAAAGGGAACUGAAGGAGAUGCAGCUGAAAAGGCUGUCGCUGAAGCACACGCCCUUCUGUGGAGGCACGUCAGAGAAGGUCAAACUCAGAACCUCCGAGGAGCACGUCGAGAGCCUGAGACCUUGUCUGCCCAACAUGGAAGAUGCCGCAAGGAGGGCUUUUGCACGCCCUUGGCUUCUCUACAGCUGCCAGAGGAUGUCAAACAUGCCGCCACACUUGCAGGAGUCAACAUCUGCCGUUUCCACAGCCGCCGGAGAGCUGCCCCACCCUGUUCAGUACCGGAAGACGACCCAAAGACCGUGUGUGCGUUAAUCUGUCACCAGAGAACUAUCGCCAGGUAGUUUACAGAGACGUCUGUGUGCAAGGGGGAGAAUUUAGGGAGCUGUUCAUGCCUGCAUAAAGAGAUGGGUUUCUUCUUCUUCUUCUUUGUGUUGUUACUGACUUCCACACACACACACCCCUCGAGGUGAAAGGAGGGGGAACAGAGCAGGCUUUGAAAUAAGUCUCACGUUGCUUAAAGAGCUCUGUGACUCCCAGCCUGGGAUAAACUGCACAGGGUGUGCCUCUCUUCUCCUCCACCUCCACCUGCUGUCAUCUUGAGAGCUCCUGCUUGCUGCCUGAAAAGGUGGCAGACCAGAAAUGUCACUGCUUUCUGCUUUCUGUUCUGGAUGUCUCGCCGUGGAGGUGCACGAGCUGUUUCCAAGUUUGCUGCUUUCUUUCUUUCUUUCUUUCUUUCUUUCUUUCUUUGAUAAACUCUCACCUAAGAGUUGCUUGUUGCUGCUGUCUCAGGGUUUGUCUAAUCCCAGCAGUGGCAUAGCAUGGGGCUCAAAAUUCUUUGGGGCACAAAAUUUCAAAAGGGGGAAAAAUGAAGUAGUAAUCAUAAAUGAAAAAUAGUGUGCCCUCCCCCUCACACAGAAGAUCUCCCAAUGUUUGUGUAGGCAGACUGGAGAGUGGAUUUGGCCAAUCGCUAGGGUGCCCUCUGCACGGGCUUUAGAAAGAGACUCAUUCCUAGCCAAUCCCCUGUCCCACCCUCUGCCAUGCUCGACACUCGCAGGGCACCAUUGUUGCCGCUUGGGUAAGUUGCCGAGCUAUUGCCCCUUCAUUCCAGCCUAUUGGUGGGCGGUGCUGAGGAUACUUGUUUUGCCCCGGACUCUGGCAACGCAUGCUAUGCCACUAAAUCCCAGUCAUCUGCAGUGUGCCU